AUGACCUCCUACGUCCUCAAGGCGAAGAAGAAAAUCACCGACACAUCACACCGUCACACACACCCAACCCCACCUCCCGAGUCACCCCACAGCCUCCCGAGUCACCCCACAGCCUCCGAGUCACCCCACAGCCUCCCGAGUCACCCCACAGCCUCCCGAGUCACCCCACAGCCUCCCGAGUCACCCCAUAGACUCCGAGUCACCCCACAGCCUCCGAGUCACCCCACAGCCUCACGAGUCACCCCACAGCCUCCCGAGUCACCCCACAGCCUCCAGAGUCACCCCAUAGCCUCACGAGUCACCCCACAGCCUCAGAGUCACCCCACAGCCUCCGAGUCACCCCACAGCCUCCAGAGUCACCCCACAGCCUCCCGAGUCACCCCACAGCCUCCAGAGUCACCCCACAUCCUCCCGAGUCACCCCACAGCCUCCAGAGUCACCCCACAGCCUCUAGAGUCACCCCACAGCCUCCCAGAGUCAACCCCACAGCCUCCAGAGUCACCCCACAGCCUCCCGAGUCACCCCACAGCCUCCAGAGUCACCCCAAUCGCCCUGCAUUUAAACCAGCGAAUCAUCACACCGGAGACGAGCGAGUAUCAUCAGGCGCAUCACAAUCCCCGGCCCCCACAAGGCCGCAUUCCCAAAAGCGGAUUCCCGAAGCACACCCGCUCACACCCAGGAGCCCCCGCGACUUAA